AUGGGCAGCCUUCAGAAGUUUGAUGAAUCCUGCAUCCAAGAACGGAAGGAUAAAAUUACACGAUCUGUCGAGGAUAAACGCAGCUAUCGAGCGCUGCUGUUAAAGAAUGCCUUGAAGGUGCUAUUAAUUAGUGAUCCAACGACCGAUAAGUCAGCGGCCGCGCUAGACGUCAACGUUGGGCAUCUGAUGGACCCACGUCAACUUCCUGGUUUAGCUCACUUCUGCGAACAUAUGUUGUUUCUUGGAACCAAAAAAUAUCCGGUUGAAAAUGACUAUCAGAACUACCUGAAUCAGAACGGAGGCUCAUCCAAUGCGUAUACUUCGACGGACCACACGAAUUAUUUUUUCGAUGUUGCUCCUGAAAGUCUUCCCGGAGCCAUCGACAGGUUCGCACAGUUUUUUCGUAGUCCGCUGUUUACGGCCAGUGCAACGGAGAGGGAAGUGAACGCAGUUGACUCAGAGAAUAGGAAGAAUCUGCAGAGUGACGCAUGGAGACUCACCCAGCUAGAACGGAGUUUCGCGCGUGCCGAUCACGACUUCAGCAAGUUUGGAACGGGUAAUCGAACGACGUUGUUAGAUGAACCUCAGCAGCGGGGCAUCAGCCCUCGUGACGAACUACUCAAGUUUCACCACAGUUACUACUCGUCUAACAUGAUGUCUUUAUGCGUCCUUGGAAAGGAGUCGCUUGAUGAACUGACUAAGAUGGUCGUCCCGCUGUUCGUUGACGUCGAGGACAAGUCCUGCAAGGUGCCGACGUGGCCGGACCAUCCUUACGGCACAGACCAACUCGGCUACCGUUUGGACGUUGAGCCCGUCAAGGACCUGCGUGACAUGCACAUCACGUUUCCGUUCCCUGAUAUGCAUCCGUAUUACAAGGCGAAUCCCGGUCACUACAUUAGCCAUCUGCUGGGGCAUGAAGGCGCCGGCAGUCUGUUGUCAGAGCUUAAGCGCCGCGGUUGGGUAAAUUCACUUGUCGCCGGUCCGAAGACGGCUGCCCGAGGCUUCGGCUUUUUCUCGGUCGACGUCGAACUGACCGAAGAUGGUCUAGAGAAUGUCGAGAACAUCGUCAUGCUCCUAUUUCAGUACAUUAAAAUGAUGAAAAAUAUCGGACCCAAAGAGUGGAUCCAUCGAGAAUGUGAAAAGAUUAGCAACAUGAGUUUUCGUUUCAAGAAUCUACCAGUGGCGAUGGAUAAGAAAGAGCAAUGGUACGGUACGCCGUACCACCAGCAGCGACUGGAUGAGGAGUUUCUACGUCGAUGUGAAGAAGUGCCGCUGGACGAGCGACUGCAUUUUCCAAACGAGAACGAGUUCAUACCGACAAACUUCAACCUGGUCCAGGGCAAGGCGGAACCUCUGCCGUCUCUUCUGACACAUGAGCCGGCCAUGAAGGUAUGGCAUAAGCAAGACGACGAGUUUCUGCUGCCCAAGUGCUACGUGCUUGUGCAUCUGCGAUCGCCGACGGCAUACGCUGAUCCUCGCCACGCUGCCCUCGCUCAGAUGUUCGUUGAGGUGGUCAGGGACUCGUUGACCGAGUAUGCAUACAACGCCGAACUCGCCGGGCUUCAUUACAGAAUUGAAAAUGGUCGCUACGGCUUGUCACUAUCGAUCAGCGGCUACAACGAAAAGCAAACGGUGCUACUACAGAAAAUCGUCACCAGAAUGACCACGUUGAAAAUUGACCCAAAGCGAUUCGAUCUCCUCAAAGAGAGUUACAUUCGAUCUCUGAAGAGUUUUGAGAUGGAGCAGCCUUAUCAGCACGCCGUGUACUAUGUGAACCUUAUCAUGUCUGAACAGGCUUGGUCGAAUGACGAAAUCCUACAUGAGGCCAAAGAGCUGACCGUGCCUCAGUUGCAGACAUUCAUCGGCGAGUUCUUUGCCGCCUUAAAUGUAGAAGUACUUGUUCAUGGCAACGCGCUUCCAAACGACGCAAUCGAAUUGGCGAAGCUGGUGCAGAGCAUAAUUUCGAAAUCUUACGCCACUCGACCACUGUUUCACAGCCAACUGCAGAAGAACAGAGAAAAGUUCUUCAACGUCGAAGUUUUUAAUUUAGAUGAAAGUUUCGUGUUCAAGUCGGAGAAUAAGAUUCACGACAAUUCGGCUGUAGAUGUGCUACUUCAAACUGGCGUAGAAGACACGCGACAAAACAUGUUAGUCGAAUUGGCGGUACAGGUUCUCUCUGAGCCAUGUUUCGAUCAGCUUAGGACCAAAGAACAACUGGGCUACAUCGUGUUCAGCGGCGUGCGCCGGUCGAACGGAACCCAAGGCAUCCACUUCAUAGUACAGUCGAGUAGGACACCUGAUUACGUCGAGCAGCGGGUCGAAGCGUUCAUCGAGCAGAUGAUGGGUGAGAUCAAAAACAUGUCAGAGGAAGAGUUUCAAAAGCACAAAUCAGCACUGGAAACGAAACGGCUUGAGAAACCAAAAAAGUUGUCAGCGCUGGCAAAGAAAUAUUGGUCAGAGAUUUCAUCAGAACAGUACAAUUUCGACCGAGACAAGGUCGAAACUGCUUAUCUUAAAGGCAUUACGAAAGAAGAUCUUGUAAAGUUCUAUGAGAGUGAAAUUUUGGCAAAAGCACAGAAUCGUCGCAAAUUAAGUGUGUUUGUCUACUCUACUUCGGCGGCCAAAUCGAAAGCGGACAACUCGUCAACGGAACAAGCAGCUGGCAAAAAAGCUAUCGAAAUCACCGACCUCAAUGUGUUUAAAAGUAGUCUGCCACUUUGGCCUUUGGCAAAACCGUAUAUGGAAGUACCACCAAGCGGAAUAACGUAUUUCAAGAACAUAAAAUAA